AUGCCGACAGAUAAACAACCGAAAACACACCCCUCCAAACCACUCACGCCUGCCCUGAGUUCGAAUUUCCGCCAUGUCAGACCCCCGUUGACCCCGAGAGUACUGGGCUCUGCCCACUCAUCGCCCACCUUGUCUACACGCCGGGAGCCUUUCGUGAGGUCCAAAUCCCCAGGGAAGUCCGAUCAACCGACAACCCCUUUGAAUGUUAAUAUCACGCCUCGCUCAGGAGCGAGGCUAUCACGGAUCGGUACCGAGUCCCCCUCGACUCCGGUUUCGUUAAAAGAUGCCAACAAUGGCGCACCCUCAAGCGGAGGCGCUCGAAAAGAGGCUCUCAAACCUGGUACGGGUCAAUCACAAGGACUGGGCAUUAGCACUGCAAAGACGAUGGCUAGUGCAGGGACACCGGUGGUGACGGUUCACAGGAGAAUCUCCGCUACAAAGAGCAUGGUAGAGAGCGACAAAGGCACAUCUGCGAAGUUCUUCCAUGCCAACGAUGCCAAAUCCUCCGUCGGGUCUCCGAGCAUGGAUGGAGGGCCUCGCUUUCCGCCCGGUCGAGGCUACUUUUUCGUCGACUCGCCGACGUUGCUAAAUAGCGAGGCCGGUCUGUCAUUGACAGGACCGAACACUGCAAGCGAGGAUACGAAUCGUGAUGAUAAAUUCUUCCGGGCCGACGACAUUCCACAACAUGCUGCCCCGAAACCUUCCACACUGCCUCAAAUAUCGACAACAGGAGCAGGAAGUCGGCCAGCUAUAUCAAAAGGAUAUCCUCAAGAAGUGGAAAAUCGGUCAGAUCAUCCGAGUCCGCCUCAGUCUCCAAACCGUAUCCGCAGACCGCUUGUUGCGACGCCAUCAUCGCCACGAAAGCUUCAACCAGGUCAAAACACGUCUCCUCCAGCACCGCCCAGACCGACCCCAGACCGACCAAAGAGCGCAGCAGGCUCGUCGGUGUCUCCUGUCUCUAGUCACCAAGGAGGACAUAGGAAGUCUAUCAGCUCAGCCUCACUGAAUGGCGCGCCUGUCAGAAGAAUGAGUGGCCAGCAGACAGAACGUCCGCAGCCUCUGGAGCUCCGGCUUGCACCCUCAGGCUCUCCGCGGAUUGCCACCACCCUGCUCUCUUCUGACAUAGUAAGCCCUAGGUCUGCGAGUUUGGCUUCCACCAAUACCGUGCCGACAUCCAUCACGAGUGAUGUGGAUUGCUCCGAAACUACGAAAUCGAUGAUCGCGUCGGCCAGCGCUUCGAAUACUGCCGCAGACCAAGCAAUAUCUCCCAACCAGCCCCAAAACGAUGAUGCUGCCAAUGCACGUCGCGACCGGAAAGUUCUCGAUCUGGAGAUAUCGAACUCAUCUUUGUUGGCCAUCAAUAAGACCUUGGAGCGCGAACUGCGAAAGCAAAGCGGUGAGCUUCGGAGAUAUCGACGUCUGUCCCGGUCCGGACGGUUGUCUCUGGCGUCAACCACAAGGACAGCCUCAGGCCAGUCUGCCUACAGCCUCGACACUGUCGCCGAGCUCGACGGGGAGGAACCAGGGCUCUCCGACCUCGAGCCAGAGAGUGACAUGGAUGAUCUCGAUGACGAGGAUGAAUCGCUCGUGUCCAAUGACUCCAGUUCUUUCGCAAGCCCGACGUCUCGAGCAAGACAACGUGCCAGAGACGAGAAGCGAUUACUGCUUGAUCUUUCCAAACAUCAACAGAUCCUCCUCGAUUCCCAGAAACUCAGCCAGAGUAUCAAGCGUUGCCUCACCUGUACUGAAGAGCUCAUCCGCGACGGCAACCGAGCGCUGGAUUAUAAGGUAGGGAUUGGCGAUGUCAAAUUGGGAGGACGAGUCUUGCAUGACGAGGAACUCGAUGAACGAGGCUUUGAGCAUGGGGCCGGAGAACAAGGCGGUAGGCAGGGACUUCUGAGCCCAGGCCUGGCCAAGGCCAACCUUGACAUGGCUCAAGACCUUGUUGACCCUAUAGGCCUGCCCACGAGCGAGUCGAAAGGCCUUGCUCUUCUGCAAGAGAUUACAGACAAGAUGGAUCCCGCCGUUGACGGCAGGGAAGCGGAUUAG